CCGAGUUUAUAAAAGUUUGUUACUUGUUAAGAAUUAUUAAUUUAUUCUAAUAGUUUUGCAUCAUUAUUGCACAUGAUGACUAGUAAUAAGCAUUUCUUCAUACUGAAGGACCUCAGUGAAAACGAAUCCGACGAUCAACUGCAGAUUAUAACCCUCCGCAAUCCGGCCACGGGAAAACCAACCAAGUAUCUGAUGCGAAACGAUGACCAAGAUUUAUACGAAAUGAACUGUUUUUCCGAAGCAAACCGGUCAUGGUUCAUAAAUGAAACCGUGUGCUCCAAUGGGAAAAUCUUCCUCCCGACAAAGCUAGAUCCGCUGUUUUUGGCCAUUCCGUACUUGGAGAAGAAUUGCACCGGUAAAGCAGUUCCAUUGGAUCAUAUUUUGAUAGACGACGAAUUUCCCCACACGAAGAAGCUGGCGAGUACAUUCUCUAAAACCAAUCAGCUGGCGUUGAUUGCGGAUGAGAAGCGAGCCGGCGACAUUCGUGCCUACAAGUUCAACGAGGAAAAGCUGCUGGAUUGGUUGCGACGUAAGUGUAUCCGUCUGGAACAGGCACUGGGGAAGGAACGAAAGUUUUCCCGGUCCCACAACUUCGUCAAGGAGGAGAAGGAAAACGAGAAACAAGACGGAGAAAUGCUUCACUAUGCUCAUGGGAUAAUUUCGGACUAUCUUAGUUUGGAUCAUAGCAAAAAAUUGAGCGUUGCGAUUGGACUUCCCGAGGAGAAGGUUCCGAACAAACGGAAAUCUACCGCUGAGUUGGAGAUCAGUCAGAUUAAAAAGAUCAAAAAGGAAGAGGUACACGAGACAACACCGAUUAAGCCAGUGGAGAAGAAGGUAAGUGCCAAAUCCAAGGCGUUGGCUAAGGCAGCCUCGGGAACGAAAAGUAUUUCCAGCUUCUUCAAGAAGUAAUUGUUGGUUGUUUAGGUUUUUAAGGUGCGUUUAAAUUACUAUUAUAGCUCUUAGACUUUU